AUGGGUUCCAACAACUAAAAAUAAAACCAACUUCUCAAUAACUACAAGUUUAUCGUAAAUAAAACUGAUCCUGCCUAUGGAGAUAUUGUUGUCUACUAGUCUAAUAGGGAUCCCUCUGAACUUAUGGCAGUUAUUAAAUUGCAAUCUAAUAAACCCGAACUAUUAUGCUAAUAAAUAAAUCAAAGACUUAAGCACCCCAAUAUAAUAUAAAUUUAUGAUUGCUCCUAAUCAAGUGUAAAAGAUUUUUGUGGAACUCUAAAUAUUGUUCAUAUCGGUAUUCAAUACAUACAAAAAAACCUAUUAAAGGAUAUGGAGAUUAGAAGGAAAUUAAGGACAACAUAUUUUGAAGGAGAAUUAUGGUAUCUAAUCAAAACUGUCUGUGAAACAUUGAUUGAUUUAUAAAAUAAUAAAUAGAAGUAUAUGGAUUUACACCCUUAAAAUAUACGCAUAACAGAUGGUGGAGAUAUAAAAUUAUUAGAAUUGAGUUGUACUCCAUAAAAUAUAUCAUCAUUUAGAAAAGUGAAAUUAGGAUUGAGGGAAUUGGAAUAUUUAUCAUCAGAAGAAUUACAAGAAUUGAAAGAUUCUCAAAACAAAUAUAAUUUUGAUUUAGAGAAGAUAAAUAUUUUUGUAUUAGGAAUUAUUUGUGUGGUCUGCAUAUCUGGUUUAGAAGUUAAAUAAUUUUAUGAUGUUGAGAAAUGUAUUUUCUAAUAUGGAUUAGCUAUAACUAAAUUAAGAUAAUAUAUUUAAAAAUAUAACUAUUCUUAGGCUUUUGAAUAGAUUGUCAUUUAAUUCCUUUCAUAUAGUCCUUUUUAGAGACCCACUUAUGCUUAGGUGUUAAACAUGAUAAACACUUUUGAAAGUACUACUAUUGCUGAUCACUUUUAUGUUAAGUGUUCACAAUAACCAGUGUUAUUGGAUACUAUAAAUACAAUCUCAAAAUCUGAUUAAAAGACCGAAAGGAGUCCAGAUUUAAAUAGUCACAAAGCAAAAGCUUUUAAUUCCAAUUCCAACUCCACUCCUUAAACAAUAAAAGUAGCUAGUCUUGUAAGAACCAAACCCAUUGUUUAAUAAUUCUCUCUCACUCCUGAACCAAGACCUCAUAUUAAUAGACCUUAGUCAUCUUCACGUUAGAAUUCUUAAAGAGCCUAAUCAAGUUAAAGACCUGAACCAACACAAAAACCAUAAUUGCCUAAUUACAGUUAUUAUGAUCCUUACAUAGAUUCUGCUCUAAAAAAGAGCAAGGAUUUAUUAGUUUAUCAUAACCAGAAUUCUAAUUAUAUUCGAUAAUCAAGAACUAAUUCUGUUUCUGUAAACAAAUACACACCAAUAAUGGCAAGCUUGAAUAUUCAAAAUGACGAUUAUACAUAGAACUAUCAUAAUGUAUAACUACUAAUCAAAUAAGUUAAUAUUGAAGAAGGUAAGCAGAAAUAAUUUUCAAAAAGUUUUACUAAAUAAUGA